CCCUGGCUGCCCACUGGACAUGCCUGAGCACAGCGCUGCCUCAAGGCUUCGGCUCUCCGGGCUGUGCUUCGUCCUCCAAAUCCUCAACAUCCUCCUCUUCGCUGUCUUUGUCCGGUACAGCCCAGAGAGCAGCUCCAGCCUCUGUUCCCCGCGGCUGAACUGCAGCCGGAGAGACCAGGAUUCGGCUUUCCAGCACCCCCGUUUUCGGAAUGUCCACCUCCAAGUGCUCCUCGGCUUCGGGCUCCUGGUGGCCUUCCUCGGCCGCUAUGGGCCAGGCAGCGCGGCCAUCAGCAUCCUCCUCGUGUCCUUUGCCCUCCAGUGGGCCAUACUGAUCCAGGGGUUUUUGUACUUCUUCCUCAAUGGCAAAAUUUACGUGGGAGCCCGGAGCGUGGUCAGUGCUGACUUCUGCACCGCAGCCGUUCUGAUCUCCUUGGGAGCUGUUCUGGGCAGGGUGAACCCUGUGCAGAUGCUGCUGCUGGCCCUGGUGGAAGUCACCCUCUGCACCCUCAAUGAAUACAUCCUGCUCAGCCUCAUGGGGGUGAGCGACGGCGGGCGCUCCUUGACCGUCCACGUCUUCGGGGCCUACUUUGGACUGAUGGUUUCACGGAUCUUGCACCUGCCCCCUAAGGACAAGAGGAAGAGGGAGGACCAGCAGGACGUGGGGCACCAGCCGGAUGUUUUUGCUGUGGUUGGAACCAUCUACCUGUGGGCCUUCUGGCCCAGCUUUACCUCAGCCACCACUGCUGAUGACAGUGCCGAGCCCUGGGCAGCGCUCAACACCUGCUUCUCACUGGUGGCCAGCACCAUCGCCACCGUCAUCCUGUCCCCUGUCCUCUACGAGGACAGCACCCCACGGAUGGUUCAGAUCCAGGAUGCCACCUUGGCUGGCGCUGCCGUGAUGGGGAUGGCUGGGGAGAUGUUGGUCACCCCCUUCGGGGCCCUCAUCGCGGGGUUUCUGGCCGGCCUGAUCUGCCCGCUUGGCUUCAGGUUCUUCACGCCUGUCCUGCACUCCAGGCUGAAGAUCCAGGACACGUGUGGGGUCCACAAUGUCCACGGGCUGCCAGGGAUCCUGGGCGCCCUGCUGGGGGUGCUGCUGACACUGCUGGCCACUGCAGACACUUUCGGUGACAGGCUGGAGCUCGUGUUCCCUCUGGUGGCCGAGGGCAGCCGGACGGCCGCUGACCAGGCGUUCUGGCAGCUCUGCGCCCUGCCCCUCACCCUGCUGCUCGCCACGCUCGGGGGCUGCCUCACGGGAGCCGUCCUGAAAACCAAGGCGCUGAGAUCUCCCCCGGACAAGGGAAACCUGGAGAGCACCGUCCUCUGGGAGGUGGACAAGGAAGGAUGUGAGCCCAGGACAGGUGGGAUGGAGCCGGGCAUCAGCACCUUGGUGUAA